GUUCCCCGACCAACCAGGGUAAUCGGUGAAAUUUCAAAAUGGUUCCUGGUGCGUUCCAUCUUGAAGACGACGAGGUUGAGAAUUUAAAAGAAAGUUUAAAAGAUGGAUUAGUUGAUGCCAGGAGAAAGAUAGCAGAACUCAGAAAGGAAGUUAAACAAAAAAACCAAACAAUCAACAGAGAGAGAGAAUUGCGUAAACGUGCUGAACAUGAGUUAUCUAACUAUUCAAGAGCUGAAACUACUUCCCCAAUUUUAAUCAAUUCUGGAAUUGAACAUAAAAUGGAAAGUCGCAAUUCACAAUAUAAUGAGGGAUUGCUUGAAGAACUGAAAGCAGCAAGAUCUUUAAAUAGAACUUUGACACAAAAAUUAUCACAUGUUGAGUUGGAAUUAGAAGAAGUACUGAUUAGCAAACAAGAGUUAAAAGUAGAACUAGAAGCAAGUUUAACUGGCAAAGGAGCUGCGUUGGUGGAUAAAAUCUACACAGCGCAGAAAGAACGUGAUAAUGCUAUGAUGACUCGUUUAAAACUUAUGAGUGCAGAAAAUGAAGAGCUAAUUCAACGUCUGAAAGCAUUUGAAAAGAAUCAAAAAUUUGACUCUGGUGUUGAAAAUGGUUCUUUACUUGAAAAUGACAUGCAUGUAAAUCCUAAUGAUUUAAGCUUAAAUCAAGUAGUUGAUCGAAUGAAAUCUUCUCAGCAUUCAGACACAAUCGAAUUUCAUGGUGACCUUGUUGUGGAACAAUUGAACAAAAUUCAAAACUACAAAAAUAAGAGGUCCACCAGUGAAUAUCAGCAAGUAAAAGAUGAGCGAGAUCAAGCGAGAGAAGAAAUUCUACACCUUCGCGAUGAACUGAAGGAUUUGCACAAUGAACGAGAAAUGCUUGAAACACAGUAUCGCAAAAACGAAACAAAUCGACUGAAAACCAUACAAGAUCAAAUGAAAAGUGUAAUUCAAGAAAGAGAUCAAACACUUCAACAUUCUCAGCAAUUACAAGAAAAAUUAGAGGCACUAAAAUUGCAGCACAGCUUAAAGAAUUCCCUCUCAAACGAAGCAACGCUGCGUGAACAAUUUACCACCACGAUGGAUGAAUUCGAAUCCAAACUGAACGAGAAAGAAUCUCAAAUCAACACUGUUCGUCAUUCGUACGACGAUCUACUAGCAAAACUAACCAAGAGUUUACAAGAUAAAAAUAUCAUUGAAAAACAAUUAAAAAGUUCAAUUCAACAGGUAACGGAAGAGAGAAAAAGAGCGGAUAGAUUGGAACGUCUCGUGGAUGUAUUGCGCAAAAGAAAAACCAUCUCAAUAAGUGACACGAUAGAUUGACCUCUACUGAUCUCAUUUUCCGACUAGAAUAUAUGUUAUUUAUUUGAGUAAAUAUUAACUUAUUAAGAGUGAUCCACUACAUAUCUAUAUAUAAUAUAUAUGCUGAUACAGUUUUUCUUUGACAGAAAAAAGGAUGAAAUGCUAAAAGUA